AUGGCUUCUGCUCGUGUGCCAGAGGCGGUGGCCAACGAAUGCCUGGCGCUUGUAUUCCAAAUGCAGAUAAAAACGAGAAGUGGAAACCCGAUAUCGCAAUGUACAAGGUGGUGUGCUGCCUCUUUGUUCAUCAAGCUCGCAAGACCCCGACCGGUCAGACUGCUUGUUUCUGACAUUGGUCUUACUGUGGGUCGGAAGCAAGCAAAUAUCCUUGACGGAGCUGAAGGCUUGUUCAUCCCGAAUCAUUAA